UCAAAAAAACAUUAUUAAACGUCAUUUAAUCUCGAUUAAACGUUAGACGGAGGCCUAACGUCUCGUUUAGGGCCUAGGCGCCAAUUUAGGCGCUGGGCGCGCCUAGACGCUAAGCUAGGCGCUAGGCGGCGUGUAGGCGGCGCGAACGCGUGAAAAAAACGGGGCUAGACGUCGCUGGGCGGGCGGGCGGCGGCCACGCGCGCGGGGAAAGUGCGAGCGGGAGAAAAGCGCGGGCUGCGGGCGGAUGGCGCGCACUCGCGUGGGAAAAAAGCGCGGGCUGCGGGCGGAUGGCGCGCGAAAACAGAGCGGGCAGAUGGGCGAUUAGAUACUCUGCUCCUUUUCUUUCCUCACACACGCAAGCUGUGACCCGCCGCCGCUCUUCCGCUGGUAGCGAGCGGACCCUUGCUCCAGAAAUCGCACGGCCUGGAGGGGAAUCGAGGGUGCUGCUCAAGAAAUCAGCACAUCCUCGAGGGGAAUCGAGUGCUGAUGCAGGCGGGGGUGUUCUCAUGCAGUCCGUCCCCUGCUUUGUCGCCGGCAAAGCCCUGCGCCCCCUGCUGCACACCCGCAUCCUCCUCAGCUCCUCGACAUAGAUCCAAUUCAGUAUGUCCACAUCCGAGGCUGCUGCUACUGCUAAUACUGCAGCAGCGGCUCCACAAGUCGCUGAGGUUGACAACCACCUAAAGAGGAAGUCAUCUGAUAUAGGCUGGGAGUGGGGGCGCCUCUGUGAUCCCAAUGACAAGAACAGAGUCAAGUGUCUUCUUUGUGGACAAGAGAGCACAGCAGGAAUUUAUCGCCUUAAGCAGCAUCUUGCUCAUGUUGGCACAUCUAUUGUGAAGUGCCCAAAAGUGAGUGAGGAAGUUAAGCAAAAGUGCAAGAGGAAUCUUGAUGAAACAGCAAAGAAGAAGAAAGAUAAGCAGCAACAUGAUAGAGAGGUCAGGGAGAAUGUGCAACUUGCAACAACUGAAGACGAAGUGAUAGAAGUUGAGUCACUUGCUGGAAGCUCAAGUACACCUCGCAAGCUAGGUCCCAUGGACAAAUUUACACGUCCCAUUGAUCCCAAGUUAAGCAGUGCUGCAGCUAAGAUGCAACAAAACAUAAAUGAUGCACUUUGGAAAGAGAUAACACACCAAGUGCAGCAAUGUGUUGCUAGAUGGGUGUAUACACAUGCUAUCCCAUUCAAUGCUUGUGAUAAUGAUGAGUUCAAGGAAAUGGUUGAAGCUAUUGGUCAAUUUGGUCCAGGUUUCCAACCUCCUACUCAGCAUGAUUUUCGGGGUAAAUUGUUGGAAGAGGAGCAUGCAAGAACCAAGAGCUUGCUACAAGACCGUGAAGACGAGAAGAUUAAGCAUGGCUGCUCCAUCAUGACUGAUGCUUGGACAGAUAUGAAGAGAAGAAGUAUUAUGAACCUGUGCACAAAUACUAGUGAGGGAACAACUUUUCUCAAGUCAAAGGAGAUGUCAGAUCAGUCACACACUAGUGAGGCUAUAUAUGAGCUGGUUGACAAGGCAAUUGAGGAUGUAGGUGCUGAAAAUGUGGUGCAGAUUGUGACAGAUAAUGCUUCUAACAACAUGGGAGCAAAGGCAUUGCUGCAUAUCAAGAGGCCAAACAUAUUUUGGACUUCUUGUGCAACUCAUACCAUCAAUUUGAUGCUGCAAGGUAUUGGUAAUAUUCCAAAAUUCAAGAAGACAAUUGAUCUAGCAAAAUCAUUCACUAUCUUUGUCUAUGGCCACCACCGAACCUUGCAUGUUUGUGGUCCUUCACCUUGA